GAAAAUAUUGCGAGAGAGGUAUAUCUUAUAUAAUAGGCAUCGCAUGUUUAGCGAAAAGGGUUGAUCGACUUUAAGCUUAUACAUACUAUUGGAUACCGGAGUAAUUCUCCGAUAUUCAAGUAUUGACUGACAGCAACUUUCCAUCGUUUUGUAAAUAAGCCAAAAAUAACUUUAUAUCCUUUAUCACUCCUCGGAGAAUUAAUUCUUGAUUUUAUUAAUAUUUGUUCUGAUUUAAAGAAAAUGUAUGCUUUUGUAGCGAUAUGCAAGACUGGCUGUCUUCACGGAUUCUGUGACCGACCUGGAGAGUGCAGAUGCGAUCCGGGUUGGCAAGGCGAUAAAUGCGACAGAUGCAAACCGUUUCCAAACUGCAAGAACGGUUAUUGCCUAGACAAACCCUGGCAAUGCAUUUGCAAAAAAAAUUGGGGUGGCAGCUUAUGCAAUGAAGAUUUAGAUUAUUGUGGAACUCAUAAACCGUGUCAGAACGGUGGCCUCUGCAAAAAUACCGAAGUGGGUCAGUACGUUUGUGAAUGUACGAAAGGAUUUUAUGGAAUUAACUGCGAAAAUGGACGGUGCUCAGGGGAAGAUUGUAGCGGAACAAAAAAUUAUUGCUGGUGUCUGAACGGUGGCAGUUGCCAUCGUACAAAUUUUACGGUUAAAUGCUUGUGCCAAAAUUACUACGGAGAAUAUUGCCAACAUAGAAUCGAUAAUUGCAAAGUUAAUCCUUGUUUACAUGGGGGAAGAUGUUAUAAUUGGGAUACUUACGACUAUUUUUGCCGUUGUCCGACUGAAUUUACGGGAAAAAAUUGUUCAAUACCAAAGCCUUUGUUAAGUCUUACACAACCGCCCUGCAACUGCAACGAAAACGAGCAGUGUUUCAACGGGAAGUGCGUUUGUCGCAAUGGAUUUUCCGGAAAGAAUUGCAGUAGGAGCGAUAAUUUUUGUGAUUCAAAUCCUUGUUUAAAUGAUGGUACUUGUAUAAACAGUUUAUCUACAUUCCAAUGCAUAUGUCAAUCAGGCUGGGAAGGUUCCAGGUGCGAAGAUGAGAGAGAUAAUUGUUUGGAGAAGCCAUGCAAAAAUGGAGGCACAUGUAUUAGCGGUUUUAACAAUUUUACCUGUAAAUGCCCUACAAAUAUUACUGGAGCACUUUGCGAUGGACGAAGCAAUCCAAGUGGAAAUUCUAAGAACAAUCUAUCAAACAAGUCUUGCUUCAGCUCUCCUUGCCUACACGGUUCAACUUGUUUAAUUGUGGGCAAUGACGAUUUCAUUUGCAUAUGUAAACGUGGAUUUGACGGGUCACUCUGUGAGAAGUUAACUGGUCACUGUCUAUCUUCUCCUUGCCAGAAUGGCGGUAGAUGUAUAGAAAAUAUUCAAUAUUAUUCAUGCGAAUGCAAGCCAGGUUUCAUGGGAAAAUUAUGCGAACAAAGUACACAUCUAUAA